GUCGCUCAACCCUUCUGGGCUGCGCUGGCCCGCCGAAAACAUGCUCGGGCCCUCAGGCUCCCCUCGCUCCUCCCAUUCGGGUCCUUCCCUCCCUCUGCCGCACCCUUGCAUCCCUUCCGCCGCUGGUCGGGUGGUUCCGAGCUCCGUAGUCUUAUGAUUGACGUUGCGUUCUGUCCCUUGACACCGUCAGUCUCCGUCCCUUCAUCCGCCCACCAGUGCCUCGCACCAGGCCUUGGCACGUACCCAGUAGGUGCUCAAUAAGUGUUCCUUAAAUGGAUGAAUGAACGACUGCUCUCUCAGUCCUAUUUUCAGGCGUGGGAGGCAGAAUAAUUAGUGCAGGUUAAAGAAUGGGAGUACCCUGGAGUCAGACCCGAGUCACAGCGCUGCCCCUUCUUAGCUGUGUGCUCUGGGCAAGUGAUAUCUCACUAUGCUUGUUUCAUCAUCAGUAAAAUGGAGAUGAUAAUAGUCUUGGUGGGACGAUUAAAUGGGUCAGUGCAUGUAAAGUGCUAAGCACCUGGAAAGCGGUACAUUUCCGUAAGGGAUAGGCUCUACUGUCUUACCUACAUGUUCUGCUUCUAUUUCUCUUCCCUGCUGUUUGUUCUUCCUCACUUCCUCGCUGAGAUUCAGAAAUUUUAUUCUGUUCUGUUGCUUCUGUUCCAUCUGUUGGCAGAAUGUGGGGCACCAGCCUGUGCGCACACUUGCCUUAUGUGCUAGAGUGAUCAGUUGUGCUUGGGGUUGACUUCCUCCUGGUCUUAAAAACUUUAAGGAAAGGAGUUCUGAGAAAUCCCCUAACCCAGAUCCCAGAGUGGGCAGAAUCUGGGAAUAAAGCCAUUGUGGCCCCUUCUGGUCACCAGUGACUCCUGGUCUCCUAAGCUGCAAGGCUUUUUGUAUUUUCUCACACUCAGCUGCGAUGCACCUUGAUAAGCCUAUGACCUUGCUUUUUUUGGAUAACCUGACUUCCAUCCCGUGUUCAUUAAUUCAGCAGACAGUUAUUUGCAGUUCAUUGUAUGCCGGGCGACUUACCAGGCUCUAGGGAUGCUGUGGUGGGCCAGACAGACCCAGUCCCUGCCCUCAGGGAGCUUUUUAACUGGAGAACCAGCAGUGCAGGUCUAGGGGAUGCUCCACCUGAGUUUUCAGGACUGACUGUAAGACUAGUGAUGGGGAGGAUGGGAUAGGGAUUGUCCUCUUCUGAAGGAGUGACUAGUAAGUAGCUUUUGUUAGGUUUAAGUUAUUUUGUAGCCACAUUGUCUUUUUCAAUAGAAGAUUGGCUCCUACUGGAUUUGUUUUGUGUUCUCUUAGAGAAGUUAGACUUCAAGUCUGAGGAAGGUCUCAUUUCAUACUAGUGUCUGUGUAGUUGGACAAAAUGGCUACUGGAACUUAGUGGGGAAAAAGGAAGGAAACAGGCAUCAGGCAGAGCAGUUGGUUGACCUGGAAAAGUGAAGAACGGAUCAGGAAACAGUUACACACAUAAUGAAAACAAGCUUUGGUGUCAAGCAUGGAGAGAUUUCUAGAUAUAGUGGAGUACAAGGAGCUUGGUAGAAUCAGGAGGGAGUAGGUGGUGGUUCUGUGAACUGCUGAGGUAGAAACGAGCUAUUGUUCAAAGUGUGUGUUCAAUUUUAAAUGAAUGUAUUCUUUGGACCUGGACACGAGACCAGUGAAUUUUUGCGUAAUGAUGGAUGUAACUGAGGUAGAGUGGUCUUAUAUUUUGAGCUAGUAUACUUUGAGAAUCUUGGCACAGUGUUUUGAGAGAGAUUAAUUCAACAAAUAUAUGUCAACCGUUGAUUGUACCACACUCUCGAUUGGUCUUUUGAAGCACCACAAAGUAUAUAGGCUAGAAGGACGUAGGCAAAGACUGGAAAGAAUCCAUUGAAGGAGAUAGAAAAUGAAUAAUGAUGGUGCUGUGUGAUAACUGCCCUCAGAGCAUUCUGUUAAAGCAGAGAAAGACCAACUAAGUGUCAGAGGGAGUCUGUGAAGGCUUCCUGGUGAAGAACUAGUUCUUACAAGAUGUGUAUGAGGGAAUGCACAAGGGAGGAAAGGGGCAUCGCAGAGACAUACAGGUCAUGGUGUGUUCAGGGACUGUGGUGGAAAGCUCACUGUGGCUGCAUCGUAGAGGGUGGGGAGGGAACAGUGGCCUGAGAUGAAGCUAGACACAGACCAGUUUGUUGAAAUGUUCAACUUCCAUGCUUUCAUCUGAUUUGAGCCUUUGUGCACUGGCUAGCUGGCAGGCGUGGCAUCCAGGGAAGUGACAAAAUUUCAUCUGGAAGAUAAAUGACUGUCUCAGUCUCAUUAUGUUUAGUCAUAAGAUUUUAACACUUACAAGAAUGAUAGAUAUUGUAGCCAGACUUUAGAAAUAGAUUGUACAACAAGGUUACUAAUUGUCACUUCCUAGAGAUUUUAGAGAGAAUCCUUAAACCAUUAGAGUUGUCAGCAGUAUGAUGAUCUUAAGUUGCCACAGCACUCUAAGUGGAUGAUUUAGACUCUAUGUUAUUAGUCCAGUUUUGAAAAACUACCCGUUAGGCGUUUCGGUGCCAUCAAUCAGCAUGAAGGUCAGCUGCCACCUUCCAGAUGCAUGGGGUUGUGGUACUAAUGGGGGAGGGAAGCAUCCUGACUUAAAGAAGACUGUUGCGGAGUGGUGUUUUGUAUUUUUAACAGAAUUAAAGGAAGCGUUAUUGAUUUUAAAGGCUGGAUUGAGAAUAUUCUUUUUCAGUGAGACCUGAAGUUAACAUUUUAUUUAUUCUUUCAGUAAAUCUUUAUUGAAUAGCUACUCUGUGUCAAAAGUACUGUUAGGUACUAGGGUUUACACUGGUGAGCAAGAGAGAAUUUGUGUUGCUUACAUUCUCAUGAGAGAUGAUCAUUAAACUGUUUAGCAAAUAAAAUAAUUAAAGGUUGUGAUGGGAAUUAUGAAGGUGAUAUGGUGGAGGGAGGAGAGGACUGAUGGAUACUGUAAGUGAUCUGGUCAGGGAAGGCCUUUCUGUGGUGGUAAUAUUGAAGCUGAAACCCUAGGGGGAGAAGAAGCCAGAUAUAUGGAGUGAGAUGAAAGAUUGUUUGGAAUAGAGAGAAUAUCAGUUAUGAAGCUUGAGGAGGGAGGAGUGGGUCAGUGGAGCUAGAGCUUGGAGGACAAGUGGAGAGGGGUAGAGAUGUGAUGGGGGAAUAACCACAGACAGGCAUGUGGUUAUUCUCAGAGCGCUGGGGAGCCACUGAAGAAUUUUGAAUAGGGAGGGUGAUAUGAGACCCACCCAUUUCUCUUUUGAAGAGGUCUUUUUUUCCUAAGACUCUUUUUGCAGAGCAGUUUUUAGGUUCAUAGGAAAAUUGAGGGGAAGGUGCAGAGAUUUCCCAUUUCCCCUCUUCCCCACACUUCCAUAGCCUCCGCCAAUAUCAGCAUCCCCCACUGGAGUGGAACUUUUUUUACAAUUGAUGAACCUGCGUCGACACAUCAUUAUCACCCAUAGUCUAUAGUUUUCCUUGGGGUUCACUUUUGGUGUUAUAUAUUCUACGGGUUUGGACAAAUAUAUAAUGACAUGUAUCUAUCAUUAUGGUAUCAGACUAUUUUCACUGCCCUAAAAGUCCCCCAACCCUGGCAACCACUGAACUUUUUACUGUCUCUGUGGUUUUGCCUUUUCCAGACUGUUACAUAGUUGGAAGUAUACAGUAUGUAGCUUUUUCAGAGUGACUUCUUUCACUUAGUGAUGUGCAUUUAAGGUUCUUCCAUGUCUUUUCAUGGCUUAAUAGCCCAUUUCUUUUUAGUGAUGAAUAAUAUUCCAUCAUCUGGAUGUACCACAGUUUAUACCUACUAAAGGACACCUUAGUUGCUUUCCAAGUUUUGGCAAUUAUGAAUAAAGCUGCUAUAAACAUCCAGGUGAAGGGUGUUUUGUGGACAUAAGUUUUCAACUUUUUCAGGUAAAUACCAAGGAGCGCAAUUGCAGGAUCAUAUGCCCCCAGGUUUCCUUGAUGCCAAGUAAACAUUUCAGUUGCCUGCCUGAAGAUCAUCUGUGGAAACCUUGGCCAUGGCAUCCAUAUCAGAGCCUGUUACCUUCAGAGAGUUCUGCCCUUUGUAUUAUCUCCUCAAUGCCAUUCCCACAAAGAUCCAGAAGGGUUUCCGCUCUAUCGUGGUCUACCUCACAGCCCUCGAUACCAAUGGGGACUACAUUGCCGUGGGCAGCAGCAUCGGCAUGCUCUAUCUGUACUGCCGGCACUUCAACCAGAUGAAAAAAUACAACUUUGAGGGGAGGACAGAAGCCAUCACGGAGGUGAAGCUGCUGAGCUGCUUUGAUGACCUCGUGGCUGCUGGCACAGCCUCUGGGAGGGUUGCAGUCUUUCAACUUGUCUCUCCAUUGCCAGGGAGAAAUAAACAGCUUCGGAGAUUUGAUGUCACUGGUAUUCACAAAAAUAGCAUAACAGCUCUGGCUUGGAGCCCCAAUGGAAUGAAAUUGUUCUCUGGAGAUGACAAAGGGAAAAUUGUAUAUUCUUCUCUGGAUCUAGACCAGGGCGUCUGUAACUCCCAUUUGGUGUUAGAAGAGCCGUCUUCAAUUGUGCAGCUGGAUUAUAGCCAGAAAGUGCUACUUGUCUCUACUUUACAAAGAAGUCUGCUUUUUUACACUGAAGAAAAUUCUGUGAAGCAAAUUGGAACACAACCAAGGAAAAGCACUGGGAAAUUUGGGGCUUGUUUUAUACCAGGACUUUGUAAGCAAAGUGAUCUAACCCUGUACGCAUCACGGCCUGGGCUCCGGCUGUGGAAGGCUGACGUCCAUGGGACUGUUCAAGCCACAUUUAUCUUAAAGGAUGUCUUUGCUGGAGGAGUCAAGCCUUUCGAACUGUACCCGCGCCUGGAGUCCUCUGACAGGGGAAGUUGCAGCUUACCCGAGAAACACCUGGGGCUUGUUUCAUGUUUCUUUCAAGAAGGCUGGGUGUUGAGUUGGAAUGAAUACAGUAUCUACCUUCUAGACACCAUCAAUCAGGCCACAAUUGCUGGUUUGGAAGGAUCAGGUGAUAUCGUGUCUGUUUCCUGCACAGAAAAUGAAAUAUUUUUCUUAAAGGGAGACAGAAACAUUAUAAGAAUUUCAAGCAGGCCCGAAGGACUAGGGUCAAUAGUGCGACACACUCUGGAGAUGUCAGGAUGUACAGAGCAAGUCCGUGUGCAGUAUGUGGAGAAGCCAUUGGGGGCCACCGUUUCUGAGACGAGGCUCAGAGGCUCUUCCGUGGCCAGUUCCAUGGCCAGCGAACCGAGGAGCAGGAGCAGCUCGCUCAACUCCACCGACAGCGGCUCUGGGCUCCAGGCAGCCCCGGAGCUGAGCAAGGGCAGCCAGCCCACCUCACAGAGAUUCAGUGUGAUCAGCUCGGAAGACUUUGACCAGGAGCUCAUUGUGAAGCCUCUCAAAGUGAAAAAGAAGAGGAGGAAGAAGAAGACAGAAGGUGGAAGCAGGAGCACCUGCCACAGUUCCCUUGAGUCGACUCCCUGCUGUGAGUUUCCUGGUGACAGUCCCCAGUCCUUGAACACAGACCUGCUGUCCAUGACCUCAAGUUUGGGCAGCAUCAUGGAUCGGUUAAGCACAGAGUCUCCCGACCACGAGAGCAACCUCAUUGGAGAGGUGAAUGGUGUCCUGCAGGGAAAUAAUGACCCUGAAGCAUUUAGUGUCCUGGAGGUGCCUGAACCAGUCCCUGACUUGCUGAAUAAAGAAAACGACAGUAGAACUGAAAUCCCACAGUGUAACCAAGCAAGCAAGACGAAGUUGCACAAUGGAGUGUUGAGUUCACCCUUGCAAGCGAGGGAAGACGUGGAAGGUAGUGAUGUCAUAGAACUCGAAGAGGAGCCUUGUCCUGUGGAUGAUGGACUGAAUAGCAGACAGUCACCCUGCCAAGAACAGGCCAGCUCUGCUGAGGCCCAGGAGGUGGGAGGCAUGGAGCCUGAUGACCCCCAAAGCACUUUCUCUGAAGCCCCCUUCUUGGACUCACUCCCAGUGCCUUCCAGCCUCAGCUGGGCCCCCAGUGCUGAGCAGUGGCUGCUGGGAACCAGAGCUGAUGAAGGCAGCCCUGAGGAGCUCAGCGAAGAGCAGGGCUUCCUAACGCACACGGACGCCCCUGACCACCUCGGCUCAAAUCUCUGGCAUGCUGUCACUGAUGAUGACACAGGCCAGAAAGCCAUGGCCACUUCCGAAUGUGACUUGGGGGAUGUGGGGGGACGACCGACUCCCCCUGUCUCUACCCUGGCGGCCAGCACCCACGAGCAUCCCCUCGAGCAGCCCUCCCGGGACCAGGUGCUGACGUCCAGCGACGAUGAGGACAUCUAUGCGCAUGGGCUGCCCUCUUCAUGCUCAGAGACGAGCGUGACAGAGCUUGGAGGUAGUCGCUCCCUGCAGGACCUGAGCCAGCCAGGCACAGAUGACACCGGGUUGCUAAAGUCAGAUCAGUUUGCAGAAAGCUGGAUGGGCUACUCUGGCCCCGGCUAUGGCAUACUCAGCCUGGUGGUCUCCGAGAAGUACAUUUGGUGCCUGGACUACAAAGGUGGCCUGUUCUGCAGUGCGCUGCCUGGCGCUGGCCUGCGCUGGCAGAAGUUUGAAGAUGCCGUCCAGCAGGUGGCAGUCUCGCCCUCAGGAGCCCUCCUCUGGAAGAUUGAACAGAAAUCUAACCGAGCUUUUGCGUGUGGAAAAGUGACCAUCAAGGGGAGGCGGCACUGGUACGAAGCUCUGCCGCAGGCAGUGUUUGUGGCCCUGAGCGAUGACACGGCCUGGAUCAUCAGGACAAAUGGAGACCUGUACCUGCAGACAGGUCUCAGCGUGGAUCGCCCCUGUGCCAGAGCUGUGAAAGUUGACUGUCCUUACCCACUGUCCCAGGUCACAGCCCGAAACAGCGUGGUGUGGGCCCUGACGGAACAGAGAGCCCUCCUAUACCGGGAGGGCGUGAGCAGCUUCUGUCCGGAAGGGGAGCAGUGGAAAUGUGACAUCGUCAGUGAAAGGCAAGCUUUAGAACCUGUCUGUAUAACUCUCGGGGACCAGCAGACCCUGUGGGCCCUGGACAUCCGAGGAAACCUGUGGUUCAGAACUGGCAUCGUUUCCAAGAAGCCCCAAGGAGAUGACGACCAUUGGUGGCAAGUGAGCAUCACAGACUACGUGGUGUUCGACCAGUGCAGCUUAUUCCAGACCAUCAUCCACGCCACACACUCAGUGGCCACAGCAGCUCAAGUCCCCGUCGAAAAGGUGGCAGAUAAACUGCGCAUGGCAUUUUGGUCUCAGCAGCUUCAGUGCCAGCCGAGCCUCCUAGGGGUCAACAACAGUGGCGUCUGGAUCUCCUCAGGGAAGAAUGAAUUCCAUGUCGCUAAAGGAAGUCUCGUCGGCACUUACUGGAAUAAUGUUGUUCCCCGUGGGACAGCUUCUGCAACAAAAUGGGCCUUUGUAUUGGCUUCUACUGCCCCCACAAAGGAAGGAAGCUCCUUGUGGCUGUGCCAGAGCAGCAAGGACCUGUAUAGUGUCAGCGCCCAGAACGCCCAGUCGCGCCCGUCCACCGUGCAGCUGCCUCCCGACGCCGAGAUGAGGGCGUACGCCGCCUGCCAAGAUGCUCUGUGGGCCCUAGACAGCCUCGGCCAGGUGUUUAUCAGGACGCUCUCCAAGAGCUGCCCCACGGGCAUGCACUGGACGAGGCUGGACCUUUCCCAGCUAGGAGCUAUAAAACUGAUGAGCUUGGCAUGUGGAAAUCAGCACAUCUGGGCCUGUGAUUCUAGGGGUGGAGUUUACUUCCGCGUAGGAACCCAGCCUCUGAAUCCCAGUCUGAUGCUUCCAGCCUGGAUAAUGAUUGAGCCACCUGUCCAGCCUGCCGGGGUCACCUUGGUCAGCGUCCAUUCCAGCCCCAACGACCAGAUGCUGUGGGCGCUCGACAGCAGGUGGAAUGUGCACGUCCGAACUGGAAUCACUGAGGAGAUGCCAGUGGGGACCGACUGGGAGCACGUGCCAGGGUUGCAGGCCUGCCAGCUGGCACUGAGCACCAGGACUGUAUGGGCCCGCUGCCCCAACGGUGAUCUCGCCCGACGGUAUGGCGUCACUGACAAAAACCCCGCCGGAGACUACUGGAAGAAAAUUCCCGGAAACGUGACGUGUUUCACAGGCAGGUGCCGCAGCUCGAGGCUGCGUGGCUCUCCUUGGGGUUCUCAGGGCUCCCGAGGACCACGUUAAAGGGGCUCUCACAUGAGGCUGCUCCCACUGGGCUCCCUCUCCCAAAUGAGAGCGAGGGCAAGGCCCUCCCUGGAGGAGCCCAUCCCAGGGUCACACCUGAGGGAGGGAACUCAGCUCCCAGGAAGAAGACAGGGUGCUGGGGAGCCCACUUUAAAGCAGAGGAAACAGGCACAGAGGGGGGGUGGUGUGUCCAGGGCCCCACAGCUAGAAAGUGCUCAUCCAGAUGUGGAGCCAGGCUCCUGACUCCACCUGUGCCCCACCCUGAGCUGGGUGAUUAACAAGUGUGGCUGGCUGUUGUCCCUGCAGUAACCUCGUCAGAUGAGCUGUGGGCCGUGGGCCCCCCCGGCUACCUCCUCCAGCGGCUGACGAGGACUUUCAGCCACUCGCACGGUGCCCAAAGCGGCCAGGCCGCCACCCCCCACCCCGAGGACCUGGAGGAUGAGUGGGAGGUCAUCUGAAAGAGCUCUUGGGUGGAGUCGCCCAGGAAGGAGGAAGCGGAGACUUGUGUGGUGGACACAGUCGGUUUCUGAGUCGCUCGCUCCUAGACAUGCCUCAUCAACUCUUGUCCAGACACGUCUGGCCAGGUUGGACACCCACACUUGCUUUCAUCCAUAUUUGUUUCCGUCUCAUUCCCGAACUCACAGCCUUACCGAGUGAUCCGUUGCUGUAGCAGCAGUGCCUCUGAACUCGCAUGAGGUCAUCUCCAAGUGGGGACAGUGGCUGCUGCCAGUUGCAUGCACUACAGUUACUCCUGUGCUGUGCUCAUGUUCUCAUCACUGACCCCUCCAGGUCCUGUUGUGGAGGAUGACGCGGGGAGCCUCCUGUGGGCAGGACGAGUCACAGCCAGGUCGGGGACAUGCCUGUGAGCUCCCGCAGGCAGCCCCGUUAGUAGCCCCAAGGCCAAAUGGAGCUGAAGGUCAGUGCCUUCCAACCACUGAACGUCUUCCAUGAUGGCUUCAUCUCCAUCACAGCGUCUCUCCACCCCCUCUCUCAGAGACGCAGGUUCCAGCACACAUUCCAUGCUAGACAGCCCAGAUGGGAAACCGAGGCCGUGUUUAAGAGGUGAGGCACUGGGCUGUGCCAGGACAGAGAACACACACGCAUACAACACACAGGCCACACUGUGCCCUCCCUGCCCACUCAUAGGCCAGGGCACGCUCGCUGGCACACGUCAGCCCAAAUAAUAAAGGCCAGUGGAUGAAAGGCUAUGGAAGUGUGCCCGUGUAUCGAGGCCAGGACGGCACAGGAAGGUGCGGUCAGAUGUGGGGGAGCGUAGCCGCGUUAGCCAGCUGAGAUGUGUCUUUAGAGGGAUAUUAACUCAUGCUGGUGGACAUCAGAAAAACCAGAAGCAUCCUCAGAGGAUGAAUCUACUAAUUAUUGCCUUUUUUGUUUGUUGUAUUAUAAACCUGCAUAAGAUACCUCAUUUGAAAUCGAAUCUUACAAAUUUAAAAGAGAAGUGUAUUUUCUGAAAUCAGUGGAAGGCCUUACACUCCUUCCAUGGUUCAUCCUGAGCCUGCACUGUCCUCGGCUGCAGCUUCAGAGAGGGCGGGCAGCCCCCUGCGUGUCCUCGACGUGCAGGGCAGUCAUGGGAACUGCCGGCUGGCUCCAAGACAGAGCCUGGCACUGUCAGUGGGGUGUUUGGGUUGAUACCCCCAGAAGGUUGGACCUGGUGCCUGCUGUGGUCAGUUGCUGUGGCCACAUCAGACGUCAGCCCUUGGGGUCAGCCUGCAGUGCCCACUCUGCUCCCUGGCAUCUGAGCUCUAGGACUCAGCAGC